AUGUGGUGUCAGGAGAAUUCCGCCGAGGAGUUUAAAUCCCCCGAGGUUUCCCCGGUCAGGUCGCUGCUCGAGCGUUGGGCACCGGCGACCAUCAUCGCCUGGAAAACUCACGAAACAUCAGUAGGACAACAGGAUCAAGAGGCACGACAGGAUCAUGAUCAGACUAGCGACAAGCGGGAAGAAGUGGACGAACAGCCCGGCACGAAGGAAUAUCAUCCGGCUGAACAUGACGGCCCGGAUAAUGAACAAAGAGCGGUUGUGGAUCAGGGAGAAGCUGGGACUGAGUUAGGGGAAGGAUUGAACCAAGUUCAGGAGCCGGGAAAAACGAAAGAGGAAGAAGCAGAACAAACAAAAGAGACAAAACAGGAGCCAGAAGGAAAGCAACAACAACGAGAACGAGAAGCCGAACUAGGACAAGGGAAACUAGAACAGCCAACUGAAGAAGUAGAAGAACCACCGAAAGCACCGGGGGAGAAGAAUCUACAUCAGCCAGAAAGCCAACAACCAAUCGAAAGCCACACAAAAGCAGAGGACCGUCGGCCAUCAACCAACGAUCAGAAUGCAAUCCAAACUCAAAACAGAUCACAUCACGAGCAGUUCGAUCAACUAUCUCCUCAGGUCCAAGAACUUCUAGCCAUAUUUCCUCAGAUCCAAUCCUCUAUCCUCGAGGAUGUCCUGGCCGCUCAUAGGAAUGAUGUCUCUGCCUGCAUAUCCGACCUACUCGCGAUUAGUGAUCCCACCUAUAAACCUUCAGCCCAAGAAUCAAUGGUUCAGUCGGACGAAGAACUAGCCCGUCAGUUAAUGUUACUAGAAAGUCAACAGCAACAAGGACCACAUAUACCGGCUUCGUCAAACGGGCAGCAACAGAUCGCGAACCUGCCCUACCAGCCGCGGAUUAAACGGAACACGCCGCCUAAUCGAAGCUUUGUCAGGCCUGGGCCUGUUCAACAAGCCGAGCAGGCUUCAGCCGAACCAGCCGGCCAGGGCGGCCUGUCCAGCGGUGGGAAGGAUGAGAUCCAGAAGAUUGCUGAGGAGAUCGGCAAGCUGGCCGAAACCGGCAAGAAGACGAUGUCAUUGUGGUUGGAGAAAGCCAAGGCCAAGAUGCAAGAAAUCCAACUGCCGAACCCGCCUGCCUCCCAGUCGGAGAGUCUGGAUGACGGAUACGAACACGUCAGCCGACCAUCUCCAAAUCCUCCUCCCGCCAAUGCUUUCAAUCCCUCCAAUCCCACAGCACCGUCUACGACCAAGAAUGCCCGGAUCACUCCUGCUCUGCCGCACGCCUCUAGGUAUGCCACUACCAACCGUAUCACUCCCAACACUCCGUCGUCGGCGCGAUCACUCGGCGGGCCCGUAUCAUCGCCCCAUCAAGCCUCUUCAGACAACUCGAGGGGAGUGGAAGGAUAUCGAGUAGAAGAACCGUACACAUCUUCAACUUCUCACGAUCGUGAAAGACUUGCUGGCUCGAAGGCCGAUGCAUCCAUCCCGGCCCUCGCCAAGAUUUCCUCCGUUCAAUCCUCAGCUGUCCUAUCUCAUCCACAUCAGUCUAGGGUGCGAGACGACGAUGAGGAAUCCCUGGAAUAUACUCGCAAUCUAUAUGGAGUGUUGGUUGCCGUCUGCGCACUUGCGUGGGCCAACCAGGUAGCGGGAUUAGCCCUCGUCCCUCUCGACAAGGGAAAGCCGACCUUAACGUUGCCGGUCCGGAUCCCCAAACUGCCAGCGUUCGCCGGCGUGACUCUGUCGGGAAUGGACUUCGAUUCGAAUAGCACAAGCCAGAAUGUGCCCCAGGUCCCCAGCAAGGGCUUGGACAACGAUCCUUUCACUAUACCUGAUUUCGAGCAAGCGAUGCAUUACUUGGAUGACCGCAAUGUCAGCUUGAUCAAGCUUCCUCUGUCAUGGGAAAGCCUCGCCCACAACAUCACAAAGCUGGAAGUUUACACAGACGUCGUAGCCACCGUCACUUCGCGCAAUGCGACAGCCGUAGUUUCGCUUGCCAUGUCUACCAUUCACUUUUCCAACUUUACAUCGCACAUCGUCGAAAAGGAUGGCCCUUCCCUCAGAAAGGCUGCCAAUGCCUCUUUCGUCGAGUUCUGGGGAAAGAUGGCCAAGCAUUUCCAACACGAUCGACGGGUUAUCUUUCAUUUGAUGGCAGUCCCCCAUGGUAGCGUGCUCCCGAGAAAUUGGAACGAGACUAUCCAAGCCGCCGUCACAGCCAUCCGAGAGAGUGGCGCGAGAAACGUGAUCGUACUGCCAUCCUUUGCCGCUCCCAGCGCCAGUACCACUUUCAACACUUUCAGAGAUUUCCCCGAAGACUUCGAGAGGAUGCAACACAUCAAAAACCCUGACGGGACUACCCAUGGUAUUGUAUUCGAUGUCUCUCAGACAUUGGGACUUAAGCAGAACUCUCAGCGAUGCGGUGGCGUUGAUGUGUCCGAUAUCGUUCAGCCUGUUGUCAAGAUCCUCAAAGAGCACAAGCGACAAGCGAUCGUCGGAACCCUUGCCGGUGGCAGCGAUCCAUCAUGUACCCGCACGCUUGUCAAGUUCGUGAAGGAAGUUUCCAAGUCGUACCCCUCUCUCGCUGGCUUCAUCAUGUAUGGUGCCGGUGCUUUUGAUGAAAGUUCCCCUUGGGCCCUGAUUAAGGAAGGACAAUCCGACAGCUCGCACUGUGUCUCGGAGGAGUGGGUUGACCAGCCAAACUUCACUAGCGUUCAACCGUACUUUCCUAAGAACGCCGAAGAUUCCGAGGAGACCAAAGAUCUCAAGGAUCCCGAACAUCCCCCCCGGAAGGAUCAAGCCCGGAAGAAACAGCCGCAAGACAAAGACCCCAAGGGCGAUCAUCCGGAGACUCAACAGGACCCUUCUUUCGAUCGCGAGGAAGUGCAAUCAUCCGCUAUCCCUGAUCUCUAA